AGCAUCUCAGACUUACCGGCACGAGCUGGAAACGUGUUGAAACAUACCAGACAAGAGAAGAAACAAGACUGAAAAUAACGAGAAUUCAAAAGAAAGUUUUCUGAAGCUAUCAGAUGAGCUCGUGAAAGACAUCUGUGGGCAUCUGCUCUUGGUCUCUGUUCAAGGCUACAUCCUUCUCGACAAAGUUGUAUUUAUUUAUUUAUUAUCUAACUUAUUCAUUUUAAGACUUCUGGUUUUAUUUAUAACGUUUUGCGGCGAAGAAACUCGAGGAAGAACGAAGUUUAAGCCAAGUUAAAGCUCCUCGAGACGUCAUCGCAGUUUUUGACAGAGCGCGAUGGAGGACGGAAAGAAGCUGACCUUUCCUCUGAUGCUGGCCGUUGGGACAGCUGUGAUCGGAUCUCUGCAAUUCGGCUACAACACGGGUGUCAUCAAUGCCCCGCAAAAGAUUAUCGAGACGUUCUACAAUGAAACCUGGUUAGAUCGAUAUCAAGAGCCCAUCUCUAAAGCCACCAUGACCACGCUGUGGUCCCUGUCUGUGGCCAUCUUCUCUGUUGGCGGCAUCAUAGGAUCCUUCUCCGUUGGGCUGUUUGUGAACCGCUUCGGAAGGCGGAACUCCAUGCUCAUGGCUAAUGUGCUAGCUUUUAUAGCUGCAGCUCUCAUGGGCUUUUCUAAGAUGACCGCGUCUUACGAGAUGCUCAUUAUGGGACGCUUUGUGGUGGGUCUUUAUUCCGGUCUGUCCACUGGUUUUGUGCCCAUGUACGUUGGUGAGGUGGCACCCACUGCGCUCAGAGGAGCCCUGGGCACCCUGCAUCAGCUGGGCAUCGUCGUGGGCAUCCUCAUGGCACAGAUCUUCGGUUUGGAUACUCUUAUGGGUAACGCCACCAUGUGGCCAUUCCUCCUGGGCUUUACCUUCAUCCCGGCGCUUCUGCAGUGCUGUCUGCUGCCCCUCUGCCCGGAGAGCCCUCGAUUCUUACUCAUCAACCGCAGCGAGGAAAAUAGAGCCAAAUCAGUGAUGAAAAAGCUGCGCGGGACGUCAGACGUGAGCGCAGACAUGCAGGAGAUGAAGGAGGAGAGCAGACAGAUGAUGAGAGAGAAGAAGGUGACCAUCCUGGAGCUCUUCCGCUCUCCACUGUACCGGCAGCCCAUCCUCAUAGCCAUCAUGCUGCAGCUCUCCCAGCAGCUAUCUGGAAUCAACGCCGUGUUCUACUACUCUACAGCGAUCUUUGAGAAAGCGAAUGUGAAGCAGCCCGUGUACGCCACUAUUGGUGCUGGAGUGGUCAACACUGCUUUUACUGUAGUAUCGCUGUUUGUGGUGGAGAGGGCGGGCCGCAGGUCUCUACACCUCUUGGGACUUCUGGGAAUGGCUGGAUCUGCUAUACUGAUGACCAUCGCUCUCGCCCUUCUGGACCAGCUGGAGUGGAUGUCCUACGUGAGCAUUGUAGCCAUCUUCGCGUUCGUGGCGUUCUUUGAGAUCGGGCCCGGCCCCAUCCCGUGGUUCAUCGUGGCCGAGCUGUUCAGUCAGGGCCCGAGACCCUCUGCGUUUGCUGUGGCCGGAUUCUCCAACUGGACCGCCAACUUCAUCGUGGGCAUGGGCUUCCAGUAUGUGCAGGAUGUGUGUGGGCCGUACGUGUUCGUCAUCUUCACCAUAUUUUUACUCUCCUUCUUCGUAUUCACCUUCUUCAAAGUUCCGGAAACCAAGGGACGGACAUUCGACGAAAUCUCUGCCGGCUUUCGCCAGACAAUGGCGGGCGCAGAGAAACACUCACCCGAAGAACUCAACAGCCUCGGGGCGGACUCUCAACUUUAAGCCACACCCUUGACUCCGCCUCCCUCAUUUGUUCACAUCGCAGCACGUGGCUGCUGAAGAGAGGGGGAGGCUGGUCUGUCAAUCAAACAUUUCCCCCCUACCCGGUCGCACUGACCUCUUUGUUACCCACAGCUCAUCGUGAGACACAAGGAGUGGGGUUUGAAAGACGGAGUAAGAGUUUCAUGUUCAGCGUAUGUCAUAUUUGCAUCAGAAUCUCUCGGCUGCUGGGUUUAAAUCUUUCUUUAGCGUUACUUCUACUGUGCCGUGGACGAUUUUGCGCUUUGAUGUUAGAAAUCGACCGAUGGUGAUUUAACACCUGUCGUUUUGUGUGACGACUCAAUACUGUAUCACCGCUGAUGUCAAUCAUCACAUCAGUGCUGUUGCUUUGCUUAACAACCACAUGAGGCGCUCGAUUACCGCUCGAAAUACAUAUCUAUGAUGUCACUAGUCUUCAUAGAUAGAGCGAUUUGAACACAUCGUAGUGGUAUCACCCUUUUGUUUAUGAGCUAUUUUUCAUCACAUCUUUUAAAUGUAUUUAUAUUUUUUUAACAGGUUCAGUUGCUUCGACUUUGAAUUACACUCUAUGAGCUGAUGAAAAGAUUCAGAAUUUCUUAUCCAAAAUAUAGUUUUAUCAGGUUACGUAGCCAAACCUCACAAUGAAAUUAAAACAAAUGGUUCGCUCAAAGAUGAAAACUCAUCACUUGAUGAUGUCAUGUUUUUUAUGGACUACUCCUUUAAUAAAAGACCAGUCACUUUAUAAUGCACGAUAGAGUAUUAAUACUCUUCAUCUGUUCUCAGAUAGUAUUAGUGCUAGAUCAACCGAAUGUCCAUCAAAAAGCCAGAAAUACUCCUGUAAUGUCACGUUCAUGAUGUCAGAUCAGCUCAGACAGCUUUACUUCCACAUCUACACCAGGUUAGAAGUUUGAACACAUGCUUUUUGCACAGUCGACUGAUAGACUCACUGAACAAAUUGUCCAGCGAGAGAACACUUAUAAAGCGACCAAAUGCACUGAAUGCCGUGGCGUGAUAGUGUACUGUACAGCCUUACUCUGUUGCUGCUUUGUUAUAAAAGAGGUGUAAAAUGAGACCAUUGAUCGCGGUGUGAUUUACACAGAUCGGUUAGAUUUUUAAAGAAACAAUCUGCUGUUAAACAUGCUCGGACAGUUUGGCCUGUGCCUUAGCAUUUUUCUAUCUUGUAGGAUUUUAAGGGUAGUUUCACAUUUUAAACAACACAUGUGUUUAGAUUAUGUAGGCAUGUUGAAUUCAUGCAAAUGUUUUAAACUCUCCUGCUAUGAAACGCUUCACAAGUCAACUUUUAUUGACUACCUUUCUCUUAUGUCAUUCAUGUUCGGUCCUAUUAAUUCACCCCUUAUAUGUGUUUUUUUUCUAGGCAUAUCAUGCAAAUGCAAAUAUUGAACUAGGUUUGUCCACAUUUACCCAGCUUUAAAUCAGAUUGUUUUUUACAAAAACCCAUCCCAGGUAGGACUUUACCCCCACAGCAUUCCAUAUGGGAACAUACGUUUGUGCAUCUGGUUGUAAGCUUGUGUUCACUUUCUAAUGACAAAAGUUGUGCACGUUCACGUUAAGACUUCACGCUCAAAUUGAGCGCAUCCCACAGUUUAUUUUCUGAAGUCACUUGUGUCUUUGUGUUGCUACGAACGCUAAAAGAAACACUUUUAGUUUAGGGAGCUUGAAUUGCAGCUGUAACUGUAAAUUGUCAAUAUUGAAUGUACAAUAGAGUUGGUUAGUUUUAUGUACAAGAACUUGUAGUUUUAUAGUGCGAUUUUAAAUUGUCUAUUUUAUAAUUUAGUGUACACUUUCCUCUUUUCUUUAAUGCACUAUCAUGGUCGUCAAUACUGUAAGACAAUGUAAACACCAUGCUGUCUUUUUUUUUUUACCAUACUGUAUUUAUUAGAUGAUCUAAUUUAUUUCAUUUUUUUGCUUUGUUUUACUACUGUUUAAGGAAAUAAACGGUCACAAAAACAUGUA